UACUGGUGUCCGUAUUUUUUAUUAUAAGUCGCAGUUUUAUGAGAAACCGUCUAUUUAAAAACUCCGGAAGUGUUUUCGGUCGGCCGCUGCGGGGCGGCGCCACAGAGAGGUCAAAGGUCAGAUGAACCCGGAACAUCAACAAAGCAAACAAAGGCUCGGAGGCGUUAGCUCGGUUCAGCUCGGUUCAGCUCGGUCUAGCUCGGUUCAGCUCGGUUCAGCUCGGUUCCUCUGACACGGGCCGACAUGUUCCCCGUGUUCCCGCCCGGUCGCAGCCUCCUGGUGGCGGCUCUCAGCCUGGUUCUGACCCGCCUCUCCUGCUCUUCGGUCCCGGACGUCCCGCACAUCGCAACUUACUUCGGGACCAAGACCCGGUACGAGGAGGUGAACCCGCACCUGCUGCGGGACCCUUUAUCCGUGAACAGAACCGUCCUGAAACCUCCGCCCGCCGAGCGGUGCUCCCCGGUCCACCUGACCGCCGUCAUCAGGCACGGCAGCCGGUACCCGACCGUGAAGAACAUCCGCAGGAUCCAGAAGCUGAGCGAGCUGGUCCGGACGGAAGCUUCCGGGGGGUCCGAGACCUGGAUCCAGGACAUCCGGAACCGCUGGGACAUGUGGUACACCGAGGACAUGGACGGUCAGCUGGUGAUGAAGGGUCGUGACGACCUCCGUCAGCUCGCCGGGCGUCUCUCCUCCUUGUUCCCGGCGCUCCUGUCGGAGGAGAACUUGAGGAGGAUCAGUUUCCGCAGCAGCUCGAAGCAUCGCUGUGUGAGCAGCGUGGAGGCGUUUCAGGAGGGGCUGCAGGAGCUCGGGGGAGGCUCAGAGCCGCAGUACCGCCACCAGCUGGACGACGAGCUGAUGCGUUUCUUCGAGCGCUGCCGUGGUUACGUGGAGGGCGUGGAGAGGAACCGCACGGCGCUGCAGGAGGUGGAGAAGUUCAAGCACGGCGAGGAGAUGGACGCCGUGAGGAGGAAGAUGGCCGACAGGCUCGGCCUUCCUCACCACCGCCUCACGCCGGAUCUGGUGGAAGCUGCUUUCUUCCUGUGUUCCUACGAGCUCGCCAUCAAAUCUCUUCACUCGCCGUGGUGCUUCCUGUUCGACGAGAGCGACGCAAAGGUGCUGGAGUACAAGUCGGACCUGAAGCAGUACUGGAAGCGCUCCCACGGUCAUGUGAUCAGCGGCCUGUCCAGCUGUCCUCUCUUCCAUCACGUCUUCAGGACGCUCGACAAAGCCGGACGCCCUCGCAGGUCCACGGACGCGGCGCCUGAGCCGGCCUCCAUCCUGGUGGGUCACGCCGAGACGCUUCUCCCUCUCCUCUCCCUGCUGGGGCUCUACAAGGACCAGACUCCGCCCACCGCCAGCAACUACCGCACGCAGCACGGUAGAACUUUCCGGACCAGCCUCAUCGUCCCGUACGCCGCCAACCUGCUCUUCGUCCUGUACGACUGCCAGCGAGGCCCGAGGCUGCAGCUGCUCGUCAACGAGUCUCCGGUUCGGUUCCCGGGGCUGGAGGGGGAGGACGCGCCGCUCUACCGGGACGUCCGGGCCACGUACCGCCACCUGCUGGACGGCUGCGACUUCCACAGGGAGUGCGAGGGCCGAGCCGGGGGGCGUGGGCCCAACACCGAGCUCUGAGUGAAGAACCGGGUACUCCGGAGUCCAGCUCAGAGCCCGUCUGCUACCACAGCCUUAACGCGUUGAUCCGUCAACGCUGGAACCACGUCACUUCAAACGCUCUCUGCUUUUUGUUUCUAUCGCUCUGUAAACCCCGCCCCCAAACAGUGACUGUCCAGUCACAGCUCAGCAGCAGUAAGUAGUCAGGUCUGGCAGACCUCCUGACACGCCCCCUGCUGGUGAACUGAAGGACCUACCAGAAGUGACCUGAGGAGGUUUUCUCGAUCAGGAAAUAGACAACAGGUUAUAAAUCCUGCUGCGGCCGUGCGACAGCGUGACGAGAAAAAGAUGGCGUCUCUCUGAAGCACGUUAGAUUUCUUUGGUUUUCACCAAAACUGUUUUGUCUGCAGCUGAUUGGCUGGUUGUUGCUGCCAGUGUGUGUGUGUGUUUACCCGUUCUCACUCCUGAACCAACCAAACUGCAACGUUUCACAGCGUUAACAAGUAGCUUUAUUUUGAAAGUCCAACCGGACGUUGCAUAUUUAAUGCGCUACACGUCAAACUAUGACACUAACGGGCGCCCAGGGCGUUAACAAGCGACACCAAGCGUCCAUAUGUGAUGAGUUGCGAGUGAGUGCUGAAUGAGAUGAUCGGCCAAUCGCAGUCCUGAUGACAGAUACCAGAUUCAUUUUUUAAUUGAUCGCAGUAAAGAAAAAAGAAUUUCAAGAAUAAUGACUGAAAUAAAUUUUCUCCUCAGCUUUAACAGUUCAGUGUUAAAUUCAAUUUAAUGAAUUCCUAAAGCUCAAGUCAUUAUUUUCUUAAAAUUUAAUGUCACAAUUCUUAUUUAUUAUAUUACAUUUUCCCAAACUUCAAUCAUUUAAUCAAUUUUGAGCAACAUCUAUUUUUGCAGUUUUCACUCCCACAAUUUCAUCACAAAAAAAACACUUCCCAACUUUCAUCACAAUGUUUUUAGAAAAGCUGCUGCACAAUCAGAAAAAGGCUGUGGAUCCUGGAGGGACGGAUUUACGUGACUUUUGCAUUAACACACGUCUACAGGUUCAUAUUCUGCGGUUUCUAGAAUGAGUCAUUUCACUUGAAGUCCAACUGACACUGAGCUUGAAUCACUUUUCACGUCUGAUUUUGGUGAACUGCCCCUUUAAUCUGCUGAAAACCAGAGUCGGUUUGGAAAAUGAUCGUUUUACUACAGGGCUUAUUUUCAUGGGAUUCUCUUCAGGAAUGAAUUUGCUUUAUGUGCUUUAUUUAUUUAGAUUUGGAUGAUCAUGUGAUGUGUGCUUGAUUUAUUUAAUUUGGGUUCUUUUACAGUUUUUUUCAUCAGGUUUCUUUGCUGAUUUGAAGUGUCUGUCGCUGCAGUUCAUCUGACGGCCUCCAGGUGCUGCUGUGACCGAACUCUGACUGUGUUGAAGUGAAACUUUCUCUGCAAACCGCCACUUCUUGCACAAGUCGAGCUCUCAGCAGAAUUCACUGAACUUCCUCAGUCUGAGGGAGGAUUUUCACAAUAAGAGUUCUGUUGAGGAGAUAAUGGGUCUGGUUUUGUUUUGUGUCUUCAGGUGAAUUUUCUGUUUCUGUUUACUGUAAAUGUCUUUGUGCCAAAAUCAGCUAAGAUUUAAAAAUGGCUGCUCAGCUUUCAUCGCUCUUUGGGUUGUGUAUGUUCAAAGUGGUGUCAGUUUUCACUCUGUGCUUCUUCUCCUUUGUGUGACUUCCUGUGGCGUUACUGCAGAACGCUGGAUGCCAAAUGUUUCAAAAGAAAACUUUAAUAAAUGUGUUUCACAGUUGAAACAGAACAAAA